AUGGUGGAGUAUCUCAGGAGAACUUUUCACAGCAUUGUGGACGCUGUGGACAAUGCCCGGCCGCUAUCAUUGGCCACUCGAUCCAGGAAUGAGCCCUCAUCCUCCACGGCACCGGACGUGCCGGCCAAACCACUCGAUCCACAGCCAGCACUCGACACACUCGAAAAACUACGGUACAUCUUACAUCAGCUGAAUAGUGGCCAGCUCCCCUUAGAGGAUCUGAAGCGUAAUAUCGAAUAUGCGGCCCUCGUCCUCGAAACUGCCUAUAUGGACGAGACCAGGCGAAUAUGCGAUGAGGACGAUGACCUGGCAGAGGUUACCCCCGAGACGGUGCCAGAUGAGGUACGCGAAUGGCUGGCGGCAACGUUCACCCGACAAAAUGCCGGCAAGAAACGGGAGAAGCCCAAAUUCAAAUCGGUGGCCAACGCCAUCCGCACCGGCAUAUUCUUCGACAAGUUAUUCCGACGACAGCAAGGCGUUCAGUGCCCGAUCCCGGCCGAGAUCACAAACUUGAUGAAGACCCAAGACGUCAAUUCAUGGUCUUUCGACUCGUUCCACCUCAAUGAAGUCUCCGAGGGCCACGCCCUUAAAUACGUCGCCUUCGAGCUGUUCAACCGAUACGGCUUCAUGGAUCGAUUCAAGAUCCCGCUACCGCAGCUCGAGAACUACGUGACGGCCCUCGAGAUCGGGUACUCCAAACACAACAACCCAUACCAUAACGUCGUUCACGCGGCCGACGUCGCACAGAGCUCACACUUUAUGCUCAGUCAGACCGGGCUGGCGAGUAGCCUCGGUGACCUGGAACUGCUUGCCGUGCUGUUCGGUGCCCUCAUCCACGACUAUGAACAUACCGGUCAUACAAAUAGCUUUCAUAUUCAAUCCGGAUCACAAUUCGCAUUGCUCUACAAUGAUCGCUCCGUCCUCGAGAAUCACCACGCUUCCGCAUGUUUCCGGUUGAUGAAAGAAGACGAUAAGAACAUCUUUGGCAAUUUGAGUCGAGACGAAUUCAGAGAACUCCGAAAUAUGGUAAUUGAAAUCGUGCUCGCCACCGACAUGAGCACCCAUUUCGUCCAAAUCAAGACGAUGAAGAAUAUGUUGUCACUACCAGAAGGAAUCGACAAAAACAAGGCGCUCUGCCUUAUCGUACACGCGUGUGAUAUUUCACAUCCCUCGAAACCGUGGAAUUUGCACGAGCGAUGGACCGAGGGGGUUCUCGAAGAGUUCUUCAGACAGGGUGACCUCGAGAGCUCGAUGGGAUUACCAUACUCUCCACUGUGCGAUCGGCAUACCGUUCAUGUAGCGGAGAGUCAGAUCGGCUUCAUCGACUUUAUCGUCGAACCCACGAUGGUGGUUUGUGGAGAAUUGCUCGUGAAAAUGGUGGAGCCGCUCGUCUCGUUGCCACCAACGGAUAGCUUAUUCCCGCCACAACAGGACGGUCAAGACAGCACAUCACCCAGUCAAGCCCUGUCGCCAUUACCCGAAAAGCUCAGCCGCUCCAAUUCCACAAACAAUGCCACAUCUGUGCGCAAAAUUCCGCUGUCCUACAGCGGCAAGCUCGAGAUCCCGAACCCGUGGACCAGAUAUCUUCAUGAGAACAAGGGAUUGUGGAAGGAAAAAGCAGCAAAGGAAGAGGAAGAACGAAAGAAAGCCGCUGUCGAGGAGCCAAAGGAGAAUGGCACCGAAAACGGGAAGCCAGAACCC